AUGAGCAGGUGGCUCCUGGGGGGCCUGGGGUCACCGUUACCAGCCCCAGUGUCACCGUCCCUAUUACACCUGGGGGGCCUGGGGUCACCAUUACCAUCCCUGGGGUCACCGUCCCCAGCCCCACUGUCACCAUCCCCACUCCCCGGUGUCACCGUCCCCACUGUCCCCAUUAGCGGGUGGCUCCUAGGGAGGCUGGGGUCACCAUUACUGGCCCUGGUGUCACCGUCCCCAUUAGCGGGUGGCACCUGGGGGGCCUGGGGUCACCAUUAUACCAGCCCCGGUGUCACCGUCCCCACUGUCCCCAUUAGCGGGUGGCUCCUAGGGAGGCUGGGGUCACCAUUACUGGCCCUGGUGUCACCGUCCCCAUUAGCGGGUGGCACCUGGGGGGCCUGGGGUCACCAUUAUACCAGCCCCGGUGUCACCGUCCCCACUGUCCCCAUUAGCGGGUGGCUCCUAGGGAGGCUGGGGUCACCAUUACUGGCCCUGGUGUCACCGUCCCCAUUAGCGGGUGGCACCUGGGGGGCCUGGGGUCACCAUUAUACCAGCCCCGGUGUCACCGUCCCCACUGUCCCCAUUAGCGGGUGGCUCCUAGGGAGGCUGGGGUCACCAUUACUGGCCCUGGUGUCACCGUCCCCAUUAGCGGGUGGCACCUGGGGGGCCUGGGGUCACCAUUAUACCAGCCCCGGUGUCACCGUCCCCACUGUCCCCAUUAGCGGGUGGCUCCUAGGGAGGCUGGGGUCACCAUUACUGGCCCUGGUGUCACCGUCCCCAUUAGCGGGUGGCACCUGGGGGGCCUGGGGUCACCAUUAUACCAGCCCCGGUGUCACCGUCCCCACUGUCCCCAUUAGCGGGUGGCUCCUAGGGAGGCUGGGGUCACCAUUACUGGCCCUGGUGUCACCGUCCCCAUUAGCGGGUGGCACCUGGGGGGCCUGGGGUCACCAUUAUACCAGCCCCGGUGUCACCGUCCCCACUGUCCCCAUUAGCGGGUGGCUCCUAGGGAGGCUGGGGUCACCAUUACUGGCCCUGGUGUCACCGUCCCCAUUAGCGGGUGGCACCUGGGGGGCCUGGGGUCACCAUUAUACCAGCCCCGGUGUCACCGUCCCCACUGUCCCCAUUAGCGGGUGGCUCCUAGGGAGGCUGGGGUCACCAUUACUGGCCCUGGUGUCACCGUCCCCAUUAGCGGGUGGCACCUGGGGGGCCUGGGGUCACCAUUAUACCAGCCCCGGUGUCACCGUCCCCACUGUCCCCAUUAGCGGGUGGCUCCUAGGGAGGCUGGGGUCACCAUUACUGGCCCUGGUGUCACCGUCCCCAUUAGCGGGUGGCACCUGGGGGGCCUGGGGUCACCAUUAUACCAGCCCCGGUGUCACCGUCCCCACUGUCCCCAUUAGCGGGUGGCUCCUAGGGAGGCUGGGGUCACCAUUACUGGCCCUGGUGUCACCGUCCCCAUUAGCGGGUGGCACCUGGGGGGCCUGGGGUCACCAUUAUACCAGCCCCGGUGUCACCGUCCCCACUGUCCCCAUUAGCGGGUGGCUCCUAGGGAGGCUGGGGUCACCAUUACUGGCCCUGGUGUCACCGUCCCCAUUAGCGGGUGGCACCUGGGGGGCCUGGGGUCACCAUUAUACCAGCCCCGGUGUCACCGUCCCCACUGUCCCCAUUAGCGGGUGGCUCCUAGGGAGGCUGGGGUCACCAUUACUGGCCCUGGUGUCACCGUCCCCAUUAGCGGGUGGCACCUGGGGGGCCUGGGGUCACCAUUAUACCAGCCCCGGUGUCACCGUCCCCACUGUCCCCAUUAGCGGGUGGCUCCUAGGGAGGCUGGGGUCACCAUUACUGGCCCUGGUGUCACCGUCCCCAUUAGCGGGUGGCACCUGGGGGGCCUGGGGUCACCAUUAUACCAGCCCCGGUGUCACCGUCCCCACUGUCCCCAUUAGCGGGUGGCUCCUAGGGAGGCUGGGGUCACCAUUACUGGCCCUGGUGUCACCGUCCCCAUUAGCGGGUGGCACCUGGGGGGCCUGGGGUCACCAUUAUACCAGCCCCGGUGUCACCGUCCCCACUGUCCCCAUUAGCGGGUGGCUCCUAGGGAGGCUGGGGUCACCAUUACUGGCCCUGGUGUCACCGUCCCCAUUAGCGGGUGGCUCCUGGGGGGCCUGGGGUCACCGUUACCAGCCCUGGUGUCACCAUCCCCACUGUCCCCAUUAGUGGGUGGCACCUGGGGGGCCUGGGGUCACCACUACUGGCCCCAGUGUUACCG